GGACUGCCGCAGAGAGUGAUGGCACGCGCGAGAGGAAAGGCGUAGAUGGCAGGACUUGCCCGCAUUUGCAGAACACUCUCACUCGCACCUGCUGUUCCCGCUUGGCACAUGUUCACGCUUUUAUGUCUCUUGUUUUACAGACUAAGCGACGAAACGAAUCUGAAGGGGAAACGGAGGGGAAACGGGCAAAGCUUGCGGCACCGGUACACGGAUUCAGUCGUUUUAAUACACUUCUGAAGCAAGAUGAAGUCGGAAUCAUCUCACGAUUCAGCCUCAACGUCGAAUCCGCGGAGGAAUGUGCCACCACAAUUGCACACCCCAACAACCGUCUCCAUUGGGUAACCGCCCGACGAAAACAUCUAUUUGACCAGCUUGGAGCGGGAGAGAAGGAUGCGAUCGAAGGGAUUCCGUUGUCCCCAACUCCUCCAACUCCGGGCGAUGCGGCCGAUGCCCUCGACGCGUUAUUGAGUGCCGCGAAACGUCUGCUCACCUACGCCGACCCCAGUAUCGAAUUUGGGUUGUUUACCUUUGAUCACACUACGGAGCGUGCAACAGCAACAGGGACGUCUCCGAUGCUGUCUGCGAUGCUUAGUGACGGGUCGGCUAAUGCUGAUAAUGUUUAUCAGCGGAUCGAGACCCAUUUUCGCACACUUGCACAAACAUGCCCCAAACGCCGCAUGUACUUUACCUCCAGGGAGGAUGUCGUCGCGUUUGUCAAAGAACGCUACAAUCAGGCAUUCGUGAAGGAGUGUCAGAGAACACGUUUUAGGGAGAUAUCAGCCUUCCAUGAGCGAUACCCUUUUGCGAGCGGGUGUCCACCAUAUCAUCCAUAUUUUGCCGCGCUGGCAAAAGCAAAAAUGGAUGAAGGUCAGCGAGACAUGUGGGGAAUGUACGCACCUUCCCUGGAAUUCAAGUGGCGUAAAAAGGGGCAGAAGCUGUCUCUAGCGGCCCGGCGCGCGUAUCCACCAGUUUGUCGACGGGGCUGCAUGGGCACAGAACCGGGAAGGAGGUCACCAGCCCACAACACCCGGCCCAACCCGCACUACCACACCCAGCGCCAUCUCAACCCUCAACAUUGGUUUUGCUUUCGGGGGAGUGGAUGUCAUUGCAGAGCGCGGCGGCGGGGUUGAUGUCGUGGCAGACAGCGGCGGCGGGGUUGAGAUCGUGGCAG